CAUGUUGUUUAUUUAUUGUGCAAGAACGAGGUGUGGCAGCUUAGCUAGCUGUUUUAGGGGGCGUAUCUCAAGCUAGCUUGCAGAUAGAUCUACACAAGCACUGUAUCCAAUACUGUAGUCAUGGCUGUGAAUCCUUUGGCAGUGACUACUCAGCCCACCUCCCCAAGGAAGGAAGUCGAGGAUAUAGUUAGGGGACUUGAUCCACACACUGUUCUAGAAUGGAGUGAGCAAGAAGUGAUUGAAAAGUAUCUCAAGCCAACUGGAUUUGAAUACUUGUCUAAGGUCUUCACGGAGCAGCAUGUCACUGGAGCUGUACUGCUGGUGCUGGAGGAGAGACAUCUCAAGGAAAUGCAAAUGGUGGUUGUUGGCGAGAGGGUAAAGUUUCUCGAGUACUUGCGCCUGCUUAAAAAACACAGGAAGGAUGCAGACAGAAGCAAGGCUCUGUGGACUGCCACCACUCCUGUCACCAACUGUGCCUACCACGACAAGUGUGGAGGAUUCUGCUUCCAUCUUUGCUGCCCGUGCUGUGUGCCUACCACUGAGUGGCGUGUGACUGGACAGGGCAUUCGCUGGCGUAAGAAUCCACCAGCCAUUGACUGUUGUGGAGAAGUGGAGACUCAACUGAUUGACUUCAGGUUCCUCAAGGAUUUGGAGUUCCGCAAAGAUCCUAAGUUUCUCUGCUGCUGCCUUGGUUCUAAGUUGCUACUCUAUGCUGAUGACAAAGACACUGUUCAUGGGACCCGUCAAUCCACUGGGAACAUUGGAAACGCUGACCCUGUUAGCGCUCCAAUCUCCAUCUUCCAUCCUGACUCUGCUCGUGCUGAGAGCAUCAUCAGGAAUGCCUGGGCUGACACCGACCUUGUAGCUGACUAAAACUCUUGUAUAUACUUACUACUGCACUGAGUUGAGUACAUUAAAAAAAGUUAGUGUGAUGAAACAUAAUUAUAUUUAUGCAAGUUUUUUUGAUAAAAGUUGUCAAGCCCAAGAA